AUGCUCCAGAAGAAUCGCGUUUUGUUGACCACGGACGAAGACUUUUGGAAACUCGAUUAUUUGAAGUCAAAGGUGAUCCAUUUUUGGACUACUGACGACGAUGCGCCUGAAUCGCCGCCGCUUGUCACGGAAAUGAAAAGGAAACUCGAUGAGCUUGAUUCCGAAGUCAAAACCCAGCGGCUGGAAAUCCGACAGCUCCAGCAUCAAAGUGGGGGCGCGCACUUGCGGCAAAAACUAUGGGCUGCGAAGCAGCUAUUGCCUGUUGCCGAAGUGGAAAACUUGUACUCCAGCUGGACAGAAGGUAUGGAUACUAGUACUGACUUCAAUACCUUGCUUACUACAAUUCAAAAUACCAACAUGUCCUCAGAAGAACAUGUCCAGAGCAUGUCUAAUUCCAUCAUGUGCGAUCUGGGCACAGCCUGUACUUUUGGGGAAUCGGUAUGGACAGCAAGAGGUUACAACUCGUCUGGGGGAGGGCUCUACUGGAGCUGUCUUUGCGGUGGACGACUCAAUGGUCGUGCAAGUCAGUAA